ACCCUGCUCGGCGGAGGAGCUGCGGCCGCGCUGAUUGGCUCCGGAGAAAGCGGGAGGCGAGAACAAUGACCCCCUCCCCCCGUUAAAAAGGGAGCGGCGCCGAGAACCGGGGACAGGGCCGCGCGUGCAGGGCGCAGAGCCGGGCCAAUCUGCUGCCGCCGGCACCACCGCGAGCGCCACGCGAGUUCCGCAGCCGCCGCGCCCGGGCCAUGGGCUGGCGACACUGAGCGCCACCGCGGCCGCCGCAGUCGUGCGCGGAGGUGCCACCGAAUCGGUGCCGGGCCCUAGCGCCACGCCAACAUGCCCCGCGGCUUCCUGGUGAAGCGCAGCAAGAAGUCCACGCCCGUGUCCUACCGGGUUCGCGGCGGCGAGGACGGCGACCGCGCGCCGCUGCUCACGCCGGGCUGCGGGGGCGCCCGCGCCGAGCCCCCGGCGCCGAGCCCCGGGCCAGGGCCACUGCCGCCGCCGCCGCCCGCCGAGCGCGCCCAUGCGGCGCUCGCCGCCGCGCUCGCCUGCGCGCCGGGCCCGCAGCCACCCCCGCGGGCCGCACACUUCGGCAAUCCCGAGGCCGCGCACCCCGCACCGCUCUACAGCCCCACGCGGCCCGUGAGCCGCGAGCACGAGAAGCACAAGUACUUCGAGCGGAGCUUUAACCUCGGCUCGCCGGUGUCUGCCGAGUCCUUCCCUACGCCCGCCGCGCUGCUGGGAGGAGGCGCCGGCGCCGGCGGUGGUAGUGGCGCGAACGGCGCGGGCGGUGGCGGCACCUGCGGCGGCGACGCACUGCUCUAUGCGCCCGCCGAGCUCAAGAUGGGCACGGCGUUCUCGGCCGGCGCCGAGGCGGCUCGCGGCCCAGGGCCCGGACCCCCGCUGCCCCCUGCCGCCGCCCUCCGGCCACCGGGCAAGCGGCCCGGGCCCCCCUCCUCCGCCGCCGCCACCGCGGCGGAGCCCCCAGCCAAGGUAGCCAAGGCCCCCAACGCCAAGAAGCCCAAGGCCAUCCGCAAGCUGCACUUCGAGGACGAGGUGACCACGUCGCCAGUGUUGGGGCUCAAGAUCAAGGAGGGUCCGGUGGAGGCGCCGCGGGGUCGCGCGGGGGGUGCAGCGCGGCCCCUGGGGGAGUUCAUCUGCCAGCUGUGCAAGGAGGAGUACGCUGACCCGUUCGCGCUGGCGCAGCAUAAGUGCUCGCGCAUCGUGCGCGUGGAGUAUCGCUGCCCCGAGUGUGCCAAGGUCUUCAGCUGCCCCGCCAAUCUGGCUUCGCACCGCCGCUGGCACAAGCCAAGGCCGGCGCCCGCCGCCGCUGCCGCCCGCGCUCCGGAGCCCGAGGCUGCUGCCAGGGCGGAGGCGCGGGAGACACCGGGCGGCGGCGGUAGCGACCGAGACACGCCGAGCCCCGGGGGCGUUUCCGAAUCGGGCUCGGAGGACGGGCUCUAUGAGUGCCACCACUGCGCCAAGAAGUUCCGCCGCCAGGCCUAUCUGCGCAAGCACCUGCUGGCCCACCAUCAGGCGCUGCAGGCCAAGGGCCCGUCGCCGGCGCCCCCGACCGAGGACCUAAAGGCCCUGUAUCCAGGGCCCGAAGAGAAGGUGGCACCCCAGGAGGCGGCCGGCGACGGUGAGGCGGCCGGCGUGCUGAGCCUGGCUGCGUCCGCCGCCGAGUGCCAUCUGUGCCCGGUAUGUGGGGAGACGUUCCCCAGCAAGGGCGCCCAGGAGCGCCACCUGCGCCUGCUGCACGCCGCCCAGGUGUUCCCUUGCAAAUACUGCCCCGCCACCUUCUACAGCUCGCCGGGCCUCACGCGGCACAUCAACAAGUGCCACCCGUCCGAGAACAGACAGGUCAUCCUUCUGCAGGUGCCCGUGCGUCCGGCCUGCUAGAGUGCACCCUGGGGCCACCCACUCCUCUCUCCCCGGCGCCCCAAACUGUGCCUUUCGCUUCGGAGACCCGCAGAGAGCGGCGCACUCGCGCCCCGCACGCCGCGGCUCCGCUCGCUCCUCUGGCCGUGGCGUGACGGUAACCAGCCACCCCCUACCCCCAUCGUCUCCUUGUGACUCCUUCUUGCGUUGAGUUGCCCCCUACCCUCCCAACCCCAACUUUCCCCCUACCCCGCGCGGCGGCGCCGCGGGAGUCGUGGUCUUCUCUUUGCGAGAAAGAAAACAAGCGCGAGUUCCUUUCGUGGUUGGGAGCUGUCCCCUACCCCGGCCCCCGGAAGGGGAGAAGCUGUUUCUGA